UUCUACUCGGCGCCAGCCUUCCCAUCUUAACUCCAGCCAGAUAGACUUUCGACUCAGCACCAAGAAGGGAUCUGCGAAGCGCGGCCUGUUCGAGAUUGAAGAGUCGUCGCUGGAGCUAUUGCGAGUUUACAUACCAACUUUACCACAAUAACUACACCGGCAAUCGCCCACGCCACCACCAACCUCUACCUACCUCACACCCUCACACCUCGCCUCCCCCCCCCAACGCCGCAACGAUGGCCUCCCCCCCCCCAACCGCCGCCGACGCCAAACUCGAGAUCCUCAAAAACCAAGUCUACGAACAAUGUCUCGACGAAGAGCCCGACACCGUGUUCCGGCAACAAGACAUCCUGGACAUGGGAGUCAUACCCGACAGCGACGCGGCGCUUCUUCUCGAGGUGACGCAGCGGCUCGUGGAUGAGAAAUUGUUCAAGAUGGUGAGGGAUGGGCAGUUGGGGUGGAUGUAUCGCCCCCUCGAAGAUGCUCUCAAAUACCGCGGCCUAACCCACGAACAAGAAAUGGUCUACUCCCUCAUCGACGAAUCCUCCACCGAAGGAAUCUGGUCCAAAACCAUCAAGAACAAAACCGCCCUCCACGAAUCCCUCAUGCGCUCCGCCCUCAAAGCUCUCGAGACCAAGAGGCUGAUCUCAGACAUGAAAUCCGUGGAGCACCCUACUCGCAAGAUGUACAUCAAAUCCACUCUCCGCCCGUCUGAAAAGGCGACGGGAGGGGCGUGGUACACUGAUAAUGAGCUGGAUGAGGCGUUUAUUGAGGGCUUGACGGGGGUGCUAUAUAAGUACAUCGAAGCGCGGUCGUUCUACCGGUCUACCUCCCGCCGGCCGCUUAAACGGAUUGCAGGCCGCCCAGCACCCAAGCAAGCACAGGGGGGAGAUACCAUAACACUCCUCCCCCUCCCCCCCACCUACCGCGGCUACCCCUCCCUCGCCGAACUAACCCUCUUCAUCGAGUCCUCCCCCAUCACCUCCACCACCCUCUCCGCAGACGAUAUCUCCGCCCUCCUCGACGUUCUCAUCUACGAUCGCCGCAUCGAGCAAGUGGUAGCGGGACCCGAGGGGGUAGCGUUUAAGGCGGUUAGGAAGGCGAUUGUAGGGGAGGAGGCGGUGGAGAGGGGGAAUGGAGUGACCGAGGCGCCGUGUGGGAGGUGUCCUGUUUUUGAGCUUUGUGAGGAGGGGGGGCCGGUGAGUGCGAGUAGUUGUGUUUAUUUUCAGGAGUGGUUGACUGGGGGGGGGUUCUGA